CUCCCGCCUUCUCCCCUCCCUUUCCUGCUGUAGAAUUUACCGUGUCAGAGGUGCUUGGUUCUUCACCAGAAGCUAAGGCCCGCAAUCCGGCGACUAGCACCGUCAAAUUUAGGCAUCUGACGCUACAAACAUUAAAUCUAACAUCUACAAUGGCCUCCGUGUCCGAGCUCGCCUGUAUUUACUCCGCUCUGAUCCUCCACGACGAUGAAGUUACCGUCACCGAGGACAAGCUGAAUGCUCUGAUCAAGGCUGCUGGAGUCACUGUGGAGCCCUUCUGGCCAAGUCUGUUCGCCAAGGCUCUGACCAGCAUCGACAUCGGCAGUCUGAUCUGCAGUGUUGGAGCCGGAGGUGGAGCCCCAGCUGGAGUCGCUGUUGCUGGUGGAACUGCUGCCGCUACUGGUGACGCCCCAGCCAAGGAGGAGGAGAAGAAGGAGGAGAAGAAGGAAGAGUCUGAGGAGUCCGAUGACGACAUGGGCUUUGGUCUCUUUGAUUAAAACAGCUGUUUUUUUUUUCUAAGAAAACACAAUAAAAGUACAAAAAAUGA